AUGGAGGUGAAGGUCUCCCCGAAUUGCUCUUUUACAUGGCGUUCCUUAUGCUGGGGCAGAGAGCUCAUUGCUCGAGGGACGAGAUGGAAAGUCGGGGACGGAAGAAGUAUCAGAGUCACUAAAGACCGCUGGAUCCCGGGAAGAGACAUUUGGCAGGAGCAGCGUGCACAAACUGAGGAUAACAACAGGAAAGUUGCUGAUUUUAUCACAGCUGAACGGCAAUGGCAUGUGGGCAAACUAAAGGAGGUUUUUCCAGAUUUCUUGGUCCCCGCCAUCUGCUCAAUUGAUUUACCGGUAGAGACGAAGUCAGAUACUUUCUUCUGGGGCUUUGAUGAGAAGGGACGCUACUCUGUUAAAUCAGGGGUUAAAGGGGCCUGGAAGAGCUCUAUAUUCUGGGAUGACAUCAGCCCCUUCAUACACCUAUCUUUGCGCGAUCUGAGCAGUGUGGUGGCUGAUCGAAAAGGUGAUGAGGGUCUCGAGCUUUGGUUUUUCCAGCUGUGGUUUGUGUGGAAAAGCUUUUGUGAUUUUAAGCACAACCCAUCGAAUGAGAAGACUACUGUUGAGCUGCAAGAUUGUCGGCUUUGGCUGGACGAGUACAAGAAAGUGAGGCUGCAUACCUCUAUUCCUGAGCGUGUCUUGCCUCUUGAGGGGGAGCGACGAUGGUACCCUCCUCCGCCGGAUAUUCUACGGCUCGACGUUGAUGUUGCUUUCGACAACGGGGGACAGCGGUUGGGAGCAGGUUUUUUGCUUCGCGACUCCAGGGGCAAGAUCGUGGCUGCUUCCUGCCAACGGAUUGGCUUUACCCCCACGGUGCUUCUCGGUGAGCUUCAUGCCAUUUUGCUUGCUGCUGGGUUCUGUCUCGAGAAUGAACUUGGUCCUGUCGUCCUCUACUCGGACUCUUUGCUCGCCAUACAUGUACUUCAAGAGGAGUCUUGGGGAUCAGACCUCCGCGAGGAGCUUAGGGAGGCACUCGAUCAAGCGAGGGAGAACGUUGUCCUUGAGUUUUUUCACGCUAGGCGUGAAGCUAAUAGAGCUGCUCACGAGCUAGCUCGUUUGGCUCUUUUUGUUUCCGAUGUAAUGAUCUGA